AUGGGUGUGUUCAGAUUGCGCGGCGACGUCGCGCUGCUGUGCUGCGCGCUCUCCUUCUGGAGCGGGCACCACGUGCACACGAACGUGGCGCUGCACGCGGCGCCGGCGCACCACGCGCUGCGGCCGCCGCGGUCCUGCGCGCCCUGCGCCAACUGCACGGCGCCGCGGCUGCGCUGCGCCGCCUGCCCCGUGCCGGCGCCUUGUGCAGCCCCGGAGCCCUGCCCGGCGCCGUCCUGCCCGGAGCUGGCGCCCUGCGCGGCGCCGGCGCCCUGCCCGAAGCAGUGCCCCGCGCGCGAGGCGUCCGCGGCGCGCGAGGCGACGCGCAAGUGCGAGGCGCGCAAGGUCGCGGCGGCGUCGAUCCCGCGCCAGCUCGUCGGCGCCGGCGGCGAGACGCCGACGUGGCAGGACGUCUGGGUCGCGCCGAGCGCGCGGGCGCUGGCGCGCCUGCUGCCGGGCUUCGCGCCCGUGCGAUUGCACAAGCGCGGCGGCGGCGCGACGCUCCUCGCCCACAAGAAGGCGCCGGCGGGCUUUAACGCCACGGGCGACGUCGCCGUCGAGCUCGCGGCGCGGGGCUGCCUGGACGUCGGCGUCGUCGUCGCGACGACGCGGAAAGACUUUUGCCUCGCCGUCGUCGAAUCCGACACGUCGCCGUCGUACGUCGUGCCGCGCGUGAAGCUCGAGGGCGAGCCGAACGCGACGACGGUGCGCUUCGCGUCCAAGUACGAGACGUCCGUCUUCGGCGCGACGCCGCCCAAGGCCGUGGCCAAGUCCGCGGCCAUCGCCGGCGCGCCGACGUCCGAGGCGCUGCUGCUCGGGCUCCUCGCGGACGUCGGCGCGGUCGUCGGCGCGCUGGCGCCCGUGCUCGCCAAGGUCCCCCGGGGCCCCGUCGUCGCCCUCGCCGUGAACCGCGGCGUCCUCGACAUCGUCGCGAACUUCCUGUGCUCCGCGAGGCACAACGUCGAAGGCCCCGUCGCGCGCGACCGCGUCGUCGCGUUCGCCGCCGACGAAGCGACCGCGGCGGCCCUCGACGGCGCCGUCGCGGCGACCUUCUCCCACCCGGCCCUCGGCGACUUCCCCGAGCGGCCGGCGCACAAGUACGGCGACUCCGUCUUCGUGUCGAUGAUGUGGUUGAAGGUCGUCGCGGUCUACCUCGUGAACCGCUGCGGCCGCGACGUGCUCUUCAUGGAUGCGGAUGUUGUAUGGCAGGCGGACCCGCUCCCGUUGCUCGCGGCCUACGGCGAGGACACGCUCUGGAUGGACGACGUCGCGCGGUCGAACCGCUACGUCCCCUACUCCGCGAACACGGGCUUCUACCUGGUCCGGGCGAACCGGCGCACGGCCCACUUCCUCUUUGCCAUGCUCACGCACUUCGACCUCAUCAUCGUCUGGCGGUCGCACCAGCACGUGCUCAACGCGCUCCUGCAGGAGCACGCGAGCCGCAUGAACCUGGGCGUCCGCGUGCUCCCGCGGGACGACUUCCAGAUCGGCGCGAUCUUCCACCGGAACAAGACCUACGCCGACGAGCUCGCGCGGGGCGUCGCGCGGCCCGCGGUCUUCCACUGGGCCUGGACCGAGGGCCGCGACGACAAGCUGCGCUUCGCGCGCGAGACGAACACGUGGCACGUCCGCGACUCGUGCGACGCGGCCGCGGUCGCCGCGCUCGCGAGCGGCGCGAAACUCCUCGCGGACUGCUGCCUCCGGCCCGAGCCCGGGCCCCUCCGCGACUUCUCCGCGACGCCGCCGCCGGCGCGGUAA